AUGGCCAUGUUCAACCCGACAUCGAUUCUGGUGGGCUUCUUACUGCUCUACCUACUAUCCUUUCUCGUCUUUGCCAUCGUUCGAAUUGCGACCGGGAUCUCCAUUCAACGGAUCGGCUACUUUUCACUCCGCCGCAUCGCAUACGCUCCGAGAGAGGGAAUACACAUUGAAAUUCGAGGCCUGGGCUUCUCGCUACAUCCGCCGUCUUUCGCGCAGCCAACAUGGAUCAGUAUUCGGCUGACGGACCUCAAGGUCACUCUCAAUACGGCCGCUUUGUCAAAGGCAAGAUCCAACUUAUCACAGGACUCGUCAAAGUCACCCGGUUCCGACAACCUCCAGGGCUUAAACAGUUCGCAGAGCACCGACGGCUUCUCGACAGACAGCGCGGGCCCUGAAGCGCCUGUUCCAAGAAGCAAAGCAUGGAGGUCCUUAACACAGAUCAAAGAGCGCCUGAAAAAAUUACAUCGGCAAAUCAACUGGCUGGCCCUCGUCGACGUGACCGCAGUCAACUCAACCAUUCACUUCCUGGAAGCUGGUCAAAUUCAAGUGGGAUCACUCGCACUAUCGGUAGAUACCCGCAGCAAGAUGGUGGAAAGGGGGAAGCUUUUCCGUCGUAAGAAGGACAUGUCUCGCGAGCAACGGCCCGCCGAAUGGAUCAUGAAUGUGCAAAACGUGCUUCUUGCUGUGGACGGCCGGGAGCCUAUUGAGAUUCUCGAUCAUGUCGGUGUGAAUCUCCAUGGUCUGCUCUACAAGGAAAUGGAUGGACUCCGGGAUGCAUCUAUCGCGUUGAAGAUUGGACGACUCCACAUACCGUACGACGAUCUCAUGAUGAUGAUGCGCCGAGUCAAAUUGGCUCAGAAUGCCUUCAAGUCGCCACCGUCGGAGGAGACUGAUGAUGAGAUCUCCUUUGCAGACUUUGUGGAAGAACUCGAAAAGCCGGGUAGCCGCGAUAAUUCAAUCGUUCAAACCGUUGCGGAUUCGAAAGAAUUUGCCAGUUCGCUACUACGUGGCAUUCAGGAAAUCCAGGUCGCCCUAAGCUUCUUUCGACUUUCGCUUGGUAUUCAAUCCCUGUCCGCAGGCCAAAAGCCUGUGUAUCUCAAUGUGGUAUCGCAUGAAAUCGGCGUUGAUCUCCAUCGCAUGGACCAAAAAAGCCCAGAGCACCGCAUGUACUUCCAAAAGGAUGACAUCGCUCACCAAGCUCUGCUCGCAGCGAUCUCAGUCUCAGUCAGUCUGGACGACGACUCGGGGGAAACCGACAAUGUUCUCUACGUUCCCAUGGCUACCACGACGAUAAAGACCACUCUGCCCUCGAAAACCGUGAGUGCGGCUGAAGAUGCAAAUCUCGAGGAGCGUAACUCCAACAUUCUGUUUGCGAACCUGGUGAUCACAUCGCCGUCGUUGGACAUGCAGCCGAAUCACGUCUCCCGUCUUCUCAAACUGGCAGAAUCACGAGCAUCUGGGCCCCGCACAAAGAAGAAAAAUAACCCAUCUUUGAUUUCCCGACUACUCCCCAAGGCAACCAUUAAGCUAUCCGUUCAUGAGCCAGUCAUACGAUUUGUGCUGCCGAUACUGAAUGACAAGGGCCCCUCACUUGAUUACAAUCUUCUCAUUUCAUCGAUCUCGUCGGUCUCGCUCGAUGUUGAGUCGUCUCACUCCUCCGAUGGCGGCCAACACUAUUCCCUUUCAUCAAUCUAUCGUGUCGCGUCGCACAAAUUUUAUUACCAAACUCCUACUGGCGAGAAGCACAAUCUGCUCACGACAGAUAACCUUGAGCUCAGGUGCCAUCUCAACGCAAGCCCAGAGCUGUGCGUUAUCGCAUCAGGAUCUCUGAAUGACUGCUCUGUUCACAUGAUCAACGGCGAUGUCAACCGUGGUAUUCGUGAAGUUCUGGAGCAAUUCCGAGCGCAUCUCCAGCCGCAAAAGAAACCACACAGGCCGUUCAACGAGCGAAGGCCCGGCUUGCUCAGGAAACUUCCCCAUUGGCUCUUGCAAUUCUCCUUUGAAGCCACAGGCUUUAGUCUAGAAGUUGCGGGCAUCGACAACCCGGUCUCGAGGAUUUCCCGCGGCGUUUCCCUGCAAUUGCAGAACUGGACGGCUGAGUACAAAGCUCAGAAGACCGAGCAUAUUGUGGGAAGUAUUGCCAGACGCCGCACUUCUAGUCAUUCAAUCAUUGGCGACGAGUCGCCGUUCAGGUUCAACCCGACCUCUCCUCCCCGGAAGACGCAUCGCGGCGCGACCGAUGGCAGACGUCUCGCACUUCAUGCGAGAGGAUUUGACGGAUUCGUCAUCGAAUCCGACGACUACCUUGAACCUGAGCCCUUCUUCUCUUUGCCUCGUUUUGAGAUUGCCCUGAGCACUCACAGCGACCGAAUGGGACCUGUUCUCCAUGUCACCUCGAUGUUCAAGGGCAUCUACCUCCAAUACUCGCUGUAUCGAUUCUACUGUCUGGGUGUAGCGAUUUCUGUGAUUCAAGAUGUACUCACACCCUUGCCCAACAAGGAUACGGAAACGACUUCGAGUAAGGCUAGGACCUCUGCAAGCAUAUCUCUACCCCUUCCGCCGACAUCGCCUUCCACCCCCAAAAUCGAGCUUAUUACCUUCGAUGUCAAGGCUACUGUGGUUCAGUUGAAGAUGAGUUUACCCAACGACCCUGCCAUGAUGUUCCAGAUCUAUGGGCUUGCCGGGUCGUCACAACGUCUUUCUACGCCAAACAUCAAAGCAAACCUUGUCCGCGUACAUGCUGAAGCACCCAAGCUCAAGGGCAUCUGGGCCAGAAUUGGUAGUAUGAACAAUGUCAAACUUGACUUCCGCAAGAUGAAGAUGAAACAUGGAACCGCAUUCACAGAGGAGAGAUCCGUUGAUCUUUGGGCUGACUUCAUUCGAUUGGGUGUCCCUCAUCACAUGGUUAUGCAUCGCAUUUUCGAUAACCUGAUCAACACAUCGAAGGCUUUCAAACAGCUACACCAUCGCUUCAAGAACCGGUGCAAGGAGUUCGUUUCUGUCCGUGAACCAGAGGAGCCGAAAAACCUGCCCAGGAUUACACUUCGCAGUAAAGCCCUUUUAUUUGAACUCGAGGAUGACGCCUUUGAAUGGAAACUGGGUCUCAUCUAUCGCGUUGGUCUUCUGGAGCAGUCUCAGCGCUUGGCACGGGAGGAGGCUUUUCAUCUCAAAGCUCGAAAGAUCAAGGAAUCCGACCAACGGCGAGCGUCGUCUCGACUGAGAGCCAGGUCCAGUCAUCGCACGCUGCGCAGCGAGCGAACAAGUCAAGAUACUAGACGAAGCCGCAGCGCAGAGCCUCGACCGAGACAGACAUCACCGAACCGAGGCCGUGCUCGCAAAUUCCGAUAUGAUACAGAAGGUGCAACAUGCUUGUCAUCCGAUCAUAACAUCUCUUCCGAAAUUGCUUGGAAUCGACUACAACACCACAAUGCCCAGGUCUGGAAAGAGAAGAUUGACGCCGCACUCAAAUUCCAAGGGACGUCUAUCAAAGAAGUCCGGAAUCUGUUCUCCGGCGCAGAUGAACCCUCGGAUGAUGUGAAGGAAACUGAGACUAUUCUCGCACUUCCCGACAGGCCGGGUUUGUUGUCAGCGUUCAUCAGUGAUAUCAAUUUGGUCAUAGACAAACCAACUUUUCCAACCGCAGAAUUGCCAGACUUCCUUCACCGCAUCGGCAAGGGAAUACCCAAGUCAAUGAAAUACGGAUUGAUGGUGCCCAUGAGCUUUAAUUUGGAGAUGGGCGAAGCGCGGGUCAAUCUCCGCGAUUACCCUCUCGAUCUCCUCCAUGUGCCUGCUUUGCGACCUGGUCAAUCACCUCGGUUACCAAGCUGGUCGUUGCGAACCAACUUUGUCAUCGCAGAGGAGUUCCGUGACCAGGAAUCUGCUAGACAAGUAGACGUGGAGCUUGUGCCGCCCAGCGAGCACCCUGACGGCUCCCACAGCGAGCCUUUUUACAUCAAAGUCUGGCGAUCUGUCACUCCCGUCAAGACUUACUCCGACCCCGUCAUUCAAAUUAAUACUAGUCUCCCUACAAGCAUCUCCUGGGGUGUAUCCUACCAACCUGUCAUUCAAGACAUGAUGAAAAUCAUUGAAGGUUUCACGAAGCCAGAGAUCGAUCUUUCAGAGCGAGUUGGAUUCUGGGACAAGAUCAGACUGAGCUUCCACUCUCGGAUUAAGGUUUUGUGGAGCGAAGAUGGUGACGUCCAUUUACGUCUUAAAGGUUCUCGUGAUCCCUACGUGGUGACUGGGUUUGGAAGCGGUUUUGUCAUGUGUUGGCGCCGUGAUGUCAAGUGGGAGAUCAAUACGAGCGACAACCCCAUGGAAUUCAUGAGUGUAACAAGUGGCGAGUACGUCCUUGCCAUACCUGACUACAGCUCCGAGGCCCGCUUGUCGAAUGAGUCCACGCCAGAUGACCUGGAAACCAGUUCUGCGACCAGCGAGCAAAAGAAUGCUGCACAUUUCAAGAAAGUCAUUAUGAAGCUCUCGGGUGAUGUGAAGUGGGCAGCAGGAUUGGUGUUCGAACGCAACGUGGACGCAGACUCCCGAUCCUUCACUUUCAGGCCCCAUUAUGAUGUCGUGCUCAAGAACCCCAAGUUCGUCAAACACGAAGAGCGCGCCAAUUACGAUGCGUUCCGUGGCUUCCGCAGUGACCAUAUUCAUCUGUCGGUGUCAGUCAUUGCACCUCAGAGUCGAGAUUGGGCUGCUGAGGAGCCUAAGCCAUCGACAAGUUACAACACAACCCAUUUGAGUCCGCGUUUCUUCACUCACUUCUUCAAUUGGUGGUCACUCUUCUCUGGCAUUAUGUCCCUCCCCGUUCGCCAGGGCCCAUUGUUCCCGGGAAUUACUAAGACGAGCAAGAAGUUCAGUCGACACCUGGCGACGGUCAAGUACAACCUUCUUCUUGCUCCUAUAUUCGUGGCUCAUAUCUACAAACACAAGGAUCGUGAAGACUAUUCCGAAGACGCCGUCACUGCAACUGGCCUCAAAGUACGACUUGAGUCUUUGAAGCUAGAUAUUCACCAGCGACGCGAACAGGUCAAAACCCAAGCUAAAGGUCGUACCAAGCAGACCAAGACGACGGCCAUGCGUAUCAACCAAGCUUUGAUUGACUUGAAAUCAGCUGAUUUCCGGGCGGUAUCAGCGAAGAUUGAAGGUACAAAUGCCGAGGACCUGGAGCUCAAUCAAGACGACAUCAUCUCAACAUUCCAGCAGCCGGUAGCAAAAGUCGACCUCUCUAGAUUCACAAUUCCUGAUCAUAAUCUCGAUUGGAUCGACAUGGAUGACUUCGUCGAGCCGGAUUGGAUAUUGCCUCAAGAGUCCAACCCGAGAACACAAAUUCUGCCUCUUGCGUUCACACCACGCUUCACUUACUUCAGACAAACGGACCAUGAAGAUCUGGGACCCGAGGAAACUGGCUACAGCACAUUUGGGCAUGAACCGACCCACGAUUGCGUCAUGUCCGAGACAAAUGAUCCUCGACGGGUGCAAAUUGAAUUGGUCAGGAGCCGGCUUGCUACUGUUGAAUCGCAGAUCCAUGAUUACGAUCGGAUCAUUGGAGAACAUGAACUCAAGCUGAUGAAGGAUGUUGAUGAAAAUUCGACUUUGAAGGCUCAGCAUGAGACUUAUCUUCGCCAGGCCGAGUCUCUUGCUAGACGCCGGCGAUUCCUCACAUCGACUUUGGACCGUUUGGAGAGGUAUUUAGCGCGAGAUGAGCGGACUCCAAACCGGAGCAAGUACAGCAACAGCGCAAGUGCGAGUGAAAGGUCAUCUCGAGCUGGUCCAGACGGUGAGUCCACAACUGAUGGUAGAACCUCGGGGCUUGACGGAGUCUACUCGUCGGCCGCGGAUGACUUUUCAAGCGACUUUAACAACCGCUUUAUGAUCCACAACGUUCAACUAAAGUGGAACAACUCUCUCCGGAAUAUUAUCCUGCGCUAUAGCCACCAAGUGAGCCAACGCAGAGGAUUUGUCUACUACAUGUCCCGACGAGCGGUGAAAUUCAUCCUUGAUAUCGUCGAGGAGCAGAACAAGAACAAGAAGAAGCAGUCCAAAGCGCGAUCAAGCACUCUGAGUGAGAAUGAUGACGAAGAGGUGGAAGAUCGAAUUGAGCAGCUCCUGAAUGACGCCAAACGUUACGUCAAAGUUGAGGAGACCGAGCCAAACCAUCUGAACAACAAUUCAUCUCCAGCCUCCGACGACUCGAGCGAGAAUAUUGCACCAGCAUUCACGCCUCAAAAUAGCUACUACUUGCGGCUGAUUGCCCCUCAGAUUCAAUUCAUGAGCGAGAAGAAUCGCAAGUCUGUCUUGAUCGUUGCCGCGAAAGGAAUGGAACUUAAGGUUGUGUCAAUCAUGGACAAAGAGCGAGUUUAUGACGAUGUGAGCGGCUUGGUUCAACGCCGCUUCUCCCUCGAGAUGGAUGGCGCGCAAUUUUUUAUUGCGACUCAAAAGAACCUCAUGGCAAAUCUACAAUUCUACGCCGGGAACAAGUACGGAAACGCGCCUGGAUCUGCAUGGCCGCCAUGGCUUACCCUGGAAGCGAUGUUCGAUUUCGAACUUAAUCCGUUCGGAUUCUCUCGCAUCGUGCAAAAAACUUCUGCCAGCCUCCGAUACGACAAAUACAACAAUCUUAGGUUGAAGUACAACGAAGAAGUUGCUAAAGGCCAUUCGGGACCGCAUCUUGGUGGUGACGAGACAAGGAUGGACCAGAUCAGUGUCGACUUCCCGCAUUUCAGAGCGAUCUGUGACUCCGCAGAAUACUAUUCGCUGUACAUCAUCGUUUUGGACCUGAUACUUUAUAGCGAGCCUCUUGAAAAAGUUCGCAACGAGCGACUAGAGAAAAUCAUGCUCACAUCAGACUUCAGCGAUCUUCGUGGCGCUCCAGAGGCAGUCUUCAAGCUGCAAUCCCGCAUCCGGCAGUUGGAGGAGAUUAAAGAAUACUUCCAGAUUAACGCAAAAUAUCUGGAUAAACAAGGAUGGGAGGACCGAUUAGCGCUCGAGCAUGAUCUUUCCAUGUGCGAGGAUGAGCUGUUCUUCUUGAUGAAGGCAAUUACCACUUCCCAGAGACGGGCUGACCCUAGCUUCUCGAAGGAUGAUGGUGUACUCAAGUGGAGCAUCUCGGCCUCCGAGGUCGUCUGGCACUUGAUGAAGGAAGCGUCUGCUCCUCUUGUUGAGUUUCAACUUCGAAAUGCUCAGUAUGAGCGCACAGACAACACGGAUGGAUCCAAUCACAACGUUGUCGCUAUUGAGCAGCUUAGCGGACUCAAUCUACUCCCCGACGCGAUCUAUCCUCAGAUCAUUGCACCAUACCUGGAUCAGCCGAGGCCUCUCAACGACUUCAUGCUGCGUGUCAAAUGGCAUCUCAUGGAAGCUGUAGCUGGUAUUCCGGUUGUUGACAACUUUGAAGUGUCUUUGUUCCCAUUGAAGAUCCAGUUGGAACGUGAGCUUGGACAAAAGCUCUUUGAGUAUAUUUUCCCAAAUAUGGGCUCUGGUGCUUUCGAGCACGGGGGCUUCUCACCUUUCAUGAUCAAGAACAUGAAGCCACUGGACGCGUCUGAAGAUGAAGAUGACGAGCAGCAAAAGCACGACCUACAGCAGGAGUCUGCUGGUCGUAGGAGGAACAAUGAAGAUGAGACUGGCUCAAUGGAAGGAUUGUCGGAUGCAUCCAAGGGCCCGGGAAACAUCGAGCUGAGACUGCAGCCAACUUUGACUCUCUCUGAUGACGGAAGAUCCAAUCGCCGCUCGGCGCACCUCAAAGGAUUGGGAUCAUCACGUCUAUCACGCACCGACACAAACCAUUUAGGUGUCCCUGGUCCUGGCAGGGGUCUUCCCCGCCCUGCCACAUCAGGUAGUCUUGCUGUGAGUCUUUCCAAGAAGCGCUCAACCGACAGCCUUCGCAUGUUGUCGAAAUCACCGACAGAGAGGUCAUUGUCAAGCCACAGCGCGAGCGCUGAGGAGAAGAAAAAGUUUGGCCUCAGUAAGGCUCCGCGUAACAAGUCCAAAGAGCCUGCAGAUGAUCUCUCUCAGAUGAUGUCAAGAGCGUCUAAUUACAUGACUUUGGCUCGUGUCAAGGUCCAUGAUGUGGUUCUUUGCUUGAGCUACAAAGGCAAAGGAGAGCACAAUCUCGAAGAUCUUCACGAUUUUGUCUUCCGUCUGCCUGUCCUUGAAUACAGCAAUAAGACAUGGUCCAACCUAGACUUGGCCUUGCGCUUGAAGAAAGACGUCAUCAAGGCUCUCAUCUCACAUGCUCCCGCAAUUCUUGGCAAUAAGUUCUCACAUCAUCGUCCGUCCAAGCAACAAGUGAAGCGUUUCCGUGAACAAGCAUCUUCGUCUCAGCUGUUACCCAGCUCUCAGAGCUUCACAAGCUUUGACCGGAGCCAGACGCCGAGCUUCACAAGUCAUGACUCGAAUAGUGAGUACUCAGAGUCGCCGUCACGAAAGUCCAUGCAGUCAACAUCUUCACCAUUGGCUCGCUCUGUGUCCUGGACUUCGGAGGCUCGUGACAGCAAUGGCAAAACCAUAGGUGACUCGAAAUCUGCGCAUGAAGUUGAUGUGGACUCACGAUGGGAGGAAUCACGUCGCUUUGUUCAUCCUCCUGUCAGACCGAUGACCUCAGGUCACACUUUUACCACCAUCUCUGGUGCCGGCGCUGGCGCCGGCGAUAAUGCAGCCGAACCGGAAGAGAAUCACAAAAGAACUAUCCGCAGCUUCGGUCGAAAGCUGAUGAACCGCAAGUAA